CCCAAAUUAAAUCAACAUAUAUACGACUCUUUCACGAGAAAUAUAAUAUUAUAAAACAUAUGGCUGCAUUGGCGAAAUUUCUCAUCUUGCUACUAUGGACGACAAUGGUUGUUGAAGGCAACAGAGCUCUCUUUCCCUUCCCGGGCGUACCUUCGAAGACGAUAGUACAGAUCAUAGAUAAUUUAACAGAUCCACCUCAGAACUUGACGCUUCACUGCAAAUCCAAGGACGAUGAUCUUGGAGAACACACAAUCGGCGUGGGAAAGAACUACGAGUUCAAAUUCAGAUCCAACGUUUUAAAACCAGUAACGUUGUUUUUUUGCAGUUUCAGGUGGCCAUCAGACGCUUCGUCUCACUCUUUUGACAUAUAUGUUCAGAAACGAGACGAGAAUAGUUGCGUGGAGCAUAAAGGCGUUGCGUUGUGUUCCUGGAAAAUAUGGAAAGGAGGCGGCGACACUGGCCUUUUUCCGUCCAAGACAACCGUGCAAAUCGUCAACACCUUGGCUCACCAUGAGGACGUGACUAUUCAUUGCAAAGACAAACAUAACGAUCUUGGAGAGCACGUUCUCAAAUUCAGAGAAAUGUUUGAGUUCAGAUUCAAGCCAAAUCCUUUUCUAAAGGUCACUCUUUAUUUUUGCAGUUUUUGGUGGCCAAUAUUGUCUGAACCUCAUUACUUUGACAUAUACAUACAAGAACGAGACACUUGCACAGUGUGUAAUUGGCACGUAAAUUAUUAUGGUCCUUGCUUAUUUGGUGUUUGUUAUCCUUGGCAUUAUAAGUAUCAGCCACCAUUAUCAGCAGAUGCUCCUCUUCCUCUUGCUGGAUCAAAUGCCAAUAUUACUCAAUCUCUUCCAUGA